UUCUGACUUCUGUGGGGGUGGGGUUUAACCACUGGGGCGUUGGCCCCGCCCCCCAGACGGUCAAGGUUGUUCUGGUUCUUCACGGGAUCCGGACCGAACCGGAUUCUGUGGUGAAGCGGAUCGUUUGGACGAACUUGGCGCGGAUGUCGAUGUCCAGGUUGAUGGCUGCCAGGAGACAAAGGACAAGUCACCUCUCCGUAGACACCUGCAGCAGCAGGGGGCAGCAAUGGUACCAAGGCAGCAAUGAUGAGGUUGCUGAUGUCAGCAGACUUCCUGAUUCCGUGGCAAGUGACAGAGUGAACAACGACUUCAUCAAGCACAUAAUGGAGAAGAAACAAAAAAAUCACCAGGAUGUUUUGGAGCAACUGGACUCAGAAUUAAAGGGACUUUCUGAGCACUGUGAGACUCGGGUCAGGAGGGCGAGCGCGGUCCUGCAGGCUUCUCUGCUGGAGGUGGACCUCAGGCUGGACACACUGACUGAAACAGUGGCUCACCUGGACAUUGGACAUCAGCAGGAGACACUGGCUGUGUGGGAGGAGGUGGAGAAGUUGGCGAUACUGAAAAAAAACAGAAUCUUAGAGCUGAAAGAGGAAUUGAGUGGAUGUGAAACAGAGAGAAGUGUGAAGGUCAGAGGGCUCCUCCAGAAAUACUGCCACCUGCUGGAGAAGAUUGGCUUCAUGUCCCUGUCUGACAUCCACAAACUGAUCCACGCUGAGGCCAUGGCCAUCAACCAGUCUCUGCUCACUAACCGUCGCUGUGUGGCCCUUUUGCUGCUCCACCUUCUGGAGGAGAACCUGAUGAAAGACUCACUUCUAUGUCUACAGUGGGACAUGAACCGCUGGAAGAGGACCAGAGCUGACCCAGUGGAGACAGGAACAACUACAAGACAACAGGCAGCAUGUGACCUCUGACCUCUAAAAACCAACAGGCAGCAUGUGGACGACCCACCAGUGGUCACAUUUAACACUGGCAUCAUCUAAAGUCAUUAAAAAUAAUCCAUCUUUGGCUUUGACUCGUUUGUUGCUAUGUUGUACGUUUGUGAGUUUCGUUGACCCGGCUCACAAAAAUCAGGCUGAUCCAGACUACGGCCCCAGGGAAGGUUAGUGGCGUACGUUAGCAUGUUAUCUGUUUUAGUCCCAGUUCCUGCCAGAGGAACAAACAGGAAGUUACUCAUUUGGACACAUAAAGACUGGCCAGUGAGGGACUGUGAACAGGU